UCUAGUGUUCCGAAUGGUGGAGGCAGAAGAAGAUUAUCUGGAACAGUUACAGAUGUUGGUAUCCUACUUUUUGCGGCCUUUCAAGAUGGCGGCCAGCUCUCAGAAACCGCCAUGUUCUCACGAUGAGGUCAACUCAAUCUUCCUUAACAGUGAAACAGUGAUGUUCCUGCAUCAAAUUUUCCUGAAAGGUCUCACAUCUCGAAUGGAAAGUUGGCCGACUUUAGUUUUAGGUGACCUGUUUGAUAUGUUGUUACCGAUGUUGACAAUUUACCAAGAGUACGUUCGAAAUCAUCACUAUAGUCUUCAAGUCCUCGCGGAAUGCAAGCAGAGGGAAAAGUUCAAUGCGAUUCUCCAUCGUCUUGAAGAAAAAUCUACUUUACAGGGGCGAACUCUCGAAACCUUUCUCACUUAUCCCAUGCAUCAGAUUCCUCGCUAUAUUAUUACCCUGCACGAGCUUCUAGCUCACACCCCGCACAAUCACGUGGAGAGGAAGAGUUUGGAAACUGCUCGUACCAAACUAGAAGAACUGUCUAGGCAAAUGCACGAUGAAGUAAGUGAAACGGAAAACAUUCGGAAGAAUCUGGCGAUUGAGAGAAUGAUAACUGGAGGUUGUGACAUUUUGCUAGAUGUCAACCAGGUAUUUAUUAGACAAGGAAGUGUUAUUCGCAAUCUUGGGACUGACAAAUCCCGACUGCAGCGCCCUCGAGUUAGAGAAUGCGUUCAGCAGUGUUAUCUCUUCACCAAUCACAUUUUGUUGUGUACCAGAACAUCAGCCGGAAAAUUACACUUGGUAGAGGGCUCUCUUAGUUCUGCUUCAAGCCAGUCUAGUGGUCUCAGCGAAAUUAGCAGUGUGGCGGCAUCUAGUGGUGCUGGUGGGCAGAAAGAUUAUGGUGGACUGGAUUUCAAGAUUAUUGUGGAUAUUAAGAACGGCCCGCCGGUCACCAUUCACCUGGUAGCUCCAACAAUGCAAGAGAAAGCGGCAUGGACCAGCGAUAUCAGUCAGUGUAUUGACAACGUACAUUUCAACGAUUUGUUUCAUGGAACGAUGAGUGACUCUUCGUCAGUGACUAUGCCCCAUUCUAUAAGAAAUGAUCCUCGACUUUUUAAAGAUGAUGCAGACAUCCGUUUUAGCCGUACUCUGAACUCGUGCAAGUUACCACAGAUACGCUAUGCCAGUCCUGAAAGAUUGUUUGAGAGGUUGACUGACCUACGGUUCCUUAGCAUUGACUUUCUGAACACAUUUCUCCUUACGUAUCGAGUAUUCACUGAUGCUGUUACUGUGCUGAAAGCUCUUAAGAAGGUCCACUACAACCCUGAACUUCAGUUGAACAUGCUGGGAUCAUCACUACAGGACUCUACGGGUUCUUUAGAUGCCAUACCGGGAGACAGUGGACAGACGGAUCUUGGUGUAGUGUAUGCCGACUAUGAUUACACCAGACGUAUCAGUACUGCAAGCACAGUUUCUGAUGUCAGUGUAACAAGAGAGAGAGAGCUUAGCUUGUCAACUUCAGAUGCUUUGUUACAAAUCCAUCAGUCACAGCAACUUCAGGCCUUCCGAAAUCAGCAACAUUGGCGUCUUAGCUACAGGAAAUUUGAAGAAGAACAAAAAGAACAAAAUUUGAAACGCAUUCGUGAGACUUCACCAGUAUCACCUGGACCAGAACCUUUGACAAUCCCCAUUUUUCUCCCAUCAACCCCGGAACUCACUGUCAGAGCUGCACAACAAAAAUUAGAGAACGGCUCAGACGAGCAGCCUGAAGAAGAAGAAGAAGAGAUUGAGAGUGCUCUCUUAGCGAUUCCUGGAUCUUCCGUCCAAUCCUCCCACUCAUGUGAUACCCUAACCCCUGAAGUCAGUGGCCUCAGUACCCCCACAAACAUGAGCAGCACCACAAGUACGGCCACUCUGGUUGGUAGUAUUGGAAGUACAGAGUCUCCGAAAGUAAGCCCUACAAGAAAAGCUGCCCCACAACACAUUCCUGAACGAGCUCCACCAACCCGAACUCCCGAAGAUACGCCUCCUCAAACUCCUCCUUCCACAACUUCUUCUCCAGUUCGUUUUCAGCUGGAUAAACAACGGCAGAUCCCACCCCCGGUUUUGUCCAGCCAAUCAGCUCCAAAUGUUAUGACAUAUUUAAGAGUCAGGGGAGCGGUAGGGAAGCGAGGAAGCAGUGAAACUGAAAGUGGUAGCCCUUCAACUACUCCACGAAGUAGCUUUCAGACAGAAUCAACCAUACUCUCGACUCCAAGAAGCAGUUUCCAGUAUCCAGACUCUCCACAACAUAGCAGUAAAGCUGGUGUGGUGGUCACUUCAUCCCGGGCUUCAACUCGCAGAUCAAGCACUAGUUCGGCGGCGGCAGCUUUUGCUGCGGCCACAGCAGGCUCUAGUAAUCCACCAGAACCACCGUCUCAACCCCAGUCACGAGCUGGUAGCCGUCUUCCCAGUGCAGCUGGAGCUGAUUUGAAGAUCCCUAAAGCCAAGCGAGAGUCUAUGAUUAGUACAGCUGCUACCAUGAGAGUUUUGAAUGUUCUUCGUCACUGGGUAUCCAAACACUCCCAGGAUUUUGAAAAUGAUCCUAAGCUCCUGCAGUUGACAACUGAUUUUCUAGAGGAACUGGUUCACAACACAAAUUUGUUACCUGCCGAGCAUAAGGCAGCAGCUCAGAUAUUACAGAUGAUUACCAAACAAGAUCAAGACAAGACAACAAAAGUUGAACUGGAUGUUCUGCUGUCACCACCUGUGAUUCCAAGUAAGGAAACUAUAGAGACUUUAUCAGCUCUGGAACUGGCUGAAGGAAUGACUUUCUUGGAUCACCAGAUUUUUAUCUCCAUCAGGAGCGAGUAA